AAAAAAGCAAGGCAUUUCCUUAUUUCUCAUGUGAUCUAUGUUUUCGACUGAAGGUGAAGGCUCCCUCUCUUAUUUGAGUCAUGGCUAGUAGGUACCAGAUCGUAGUGCAGGGUGAGGCAUCUGAGACCGACUCUGAUGAUGAGGUUUACAUCACCUCAUUGCCUGCUCCACACACUGCCUCAGGUGGAGCAAAGGUUCCUGGUGAGGCAUCCGAAACAGACAGUGAGGAGGAUUCGGGGGAGGAUCGGGCAGACCGAGUCUCUGUAAUGAGUCACGAGAGCACUCAGAUUUUCAAGAGAGAACUGCCUCCUCUUAUUGUGGUCAAAGACCACCCUGAUAUUCAGUCCAUUGUCGAAGACAGGCCAAGCCCUACACACAGGCCACACGGGGACACACUUCUACAACAGAAGCUGCAGGAGUCUAACAGCCGACUGUAUCACGACGUCUCACAGACGCUACGGCAGGUUUAUAGCAGUGCCACCAGGGAGGUGCGCAGUGCAACAGCGCAGCUGAACACAUCGCAGGGCGCCAUCAUCAACGCUUCUCACAGCAUCAGAUUAAUUCUGGAUGACCUGAAAGCUGUCUCUGAGAAGAUUGACAUUAUCACAAGCUGUCAAAUACUGCCUGAAAUUAACAUUGGUAAUCCAACUACUAAUACCGCUCCUGUUUCUUGAGGAAACAUCAAUGUGUUUUACGUCAGUGUGUUUAUAAGCAAUGUGCAUGCGUUUCAAAUACACAUAUGCUGCAUACUACAGUAUAUAAUAUAUGUAUCUAUCUGUUACAUCGUGUUAUUCUGUGUCUUCCUGAGCUUGCGUAAUAUUUCUGUAAGGAGUUGGAGUCAAGAAGAAAAAAAGAUGCUCUCUCAUCUCAUGUUUUGCACCCACAUUUCACAUUGCCAUUUUGGGAUUGUAAUUAUUAGUUUAAAAAAAGUUUAGUAUAUUUUACCGCCAAGACUGAUUAUUUAUUUUAUUUUUUUAAUUUGGCAUAUUGUCUUUGGUGUUUUCUGGUCCGCUGUGAUUGACCAGGGAUGCUUCUAGUGCAAUAUUCCCUCUUGUGUGUUGACAAUAUAAAAUAAAAAUAAAACAAUAAUUUAAAUGAUAAA